AUGAUCAUAUCAUUGAAUGAACUUGACUCGGACGUUGCAUGCCUGACUAUCGUCAACUGCACGUCCAGUUCUUUCAGUUCUUUCAGUGUUGCCCAGGCAAUGUCCCUUCCAAGGAAGGUCCCUGCAGUGGAAAGACAUCUCGAGGACACCUUCAAAGUGAUACUGGACGAGCAUACGGAUAUUGGUUUAGUGGCCUUCAUUCUCUAUCAACUGCGGCUCGUCGACCUGCGUGUGUGGCACCUCCCUUCACCGAACGUUCUUCUUAGGAGUAUCUCCUCGUUCGUGCGCGCCGUAGAGGAACCACAAGGAGCUGUCGCUGUUGUUUCCUUUCACGGGUUGAAGCCGAUUACCGUCAACGCUACUCACAAUCGCCAGUCAACCAGGUCUCUUUUCUCUGAAACCAAGGAUGUCUACCGACCAAGCCUGGUGGCGGAUAUGGCACUUUACAACACACUCCUAUCACAAGUGACUUCCUUUGCAUCUCCCAGAUGGCUCGUCUUCCACGCGUUUGACGUCGAGGCCGCCAAACAUGAAGUUGACACUCCAUCGCCGACCUUUUCCCCUGUAGCCCUUCUAGCCCGGAGCUGUAUAAGAGGACGGGCGACUGCUAUCAGCCCUAGUCAGAGAGUAUCGAUCCCACCCACCCCCGUAUGGGCAUCGAGUAAGGAAUGUUGUCGAUCGUCCCACAAAACGUGUCAGCUAGAUCGCACGGGGAUUGCAGACUGGUUAGCACAAGGCCAUGGCAGCAACUCACUGCUUGGUCCGAUGACUCGCAACCGCAUCUUUGGCUUUGAUGGACCGGCGGGGCUGAGGGAGCCAGGGGUGGGAGAUCCGAACAAUUGA